AUGGCUGAGAUACAACUGCAAACAGUCGAGAGGAAACAGCAACAGGAAUCUCGCAUUAUAAUUAGAGCGAAUAGGAUCACUUUCUCAUCGGGUGCAAAGGUCGGAGGAGGUCACUUCUCGAUAGAGGCACGAUGGGGUCACGCCAGCAUCAGUGUAGGACGAAGGAUAUAUGUGUUUGGUGGACAGGGCGAGUCACUCUAUUCAAACAUCUGUGUAUAUGAUUCCACCACCAGUGUUUGGAAUGAGGCGCACACAAUUGGCAAGGCACCAUCAUCUCGAUACGGUCACUCAACGACCCUGGUCGACAACCAACGCGUCAUGUUGUUUGGUGGCAGGAAUGGCAAGAAGUACCUCAACGACCUAUAUUGUUUGAAUCUUCCAACAAUGUCAUGGAGUACAUUCCACUUUGAUUCAAAGGUUGAACCUGAUGUACGUGCAGGACACUCGUGCACAUAUGUUCCCAGCACUUCGGGAGGCAUGGAUAAGAUGCUGUUGUUUGGUGGCAGUCACUCUGGCAAAUACAUGAGCAAUCCCUACGUGUUGGAACUGCCUCGCAGUCAAAACGACACGAUCAGAUGGAUAAAGCCAACGAUCAAGGGUGUUGGACCCGGUGGUCUGUCAGGCCACACAGCCAACCUCAUAAAGGACACAGAGAGCAUUGUUAUAUUUGGUGGAUACAAUGGCAAGCGAUCAUACAAUGACAUCUAUGUUCUGGACACCAAGGACUACAUUUGGAACAAGGUCAAGCCCAAGGGCAUCAGUCCUCCCGCGCGCAAUGGCCACACCUCUGUCAGCUUUGGAAAAUACAUCGUUGUGCAUGGUGGCUGCAAUGAGACCAACUUCCUCAACGACGUUCACGUGCUCGACGUUGACACCUGGACGUGGAUCCCACAGCCAUCCAUCGCUGGCCUGAACCUCUUCACACGAUUCCAUCACACAAGUAAUCUGGUGGACACGGACGACAUGAUAGUUUAUGGCGGCUGCUCGUCCGGCGUGAUAUACAGUGACAUGUGCACGCUGGAUCUUAAGAGUCUGCUGCCGCCACCGCCGCCCGAGCAAUCACCGGCUAUGGCCUCGCCUGCCAUCACUUCAGUAUCGACACCAAACACGCCAGGACCAAUCUCCACGACGAGUACAUCAACAUCCACAACAACAUCAACAACAUUGGCAACAUCGACCAACUCCCCUAAUGUACAUAACACUCAACAACAACAACUGGGAGCUGCCACACCUCCACUCCAACCAAACUCCACCGAAACCAUAACCAUCGAUUACAAACACCAUCCAAAGCAUCUUGAAUCACAGCUGCAGAACGCACUGGCGAUGCUCGAGCUCGAGCAGAAGCAGAAGCAGCUGUUGUCCAACGAGCUGCAGCAGACAAAGGUUGCUCACACCGAGGCCAACCAGAGCGUGUUUAUCGAGAAGACCAAAUACGAGCAGUUGGAGAGAGAUCUGGCCAAGCUUGAGUUCAGUCACAAGAAGGAGCAGUCACGCAAGACCAAAGCACAAGAGUCGAUCAACAAACUGAACGCCGUCGUCAAGGAGAAAGAAGACAUCAUCCACGCGCUCAAAGUCGAGAUCAGGGAGCAACAAAAGACAUCAUCAAUCACAAGUACCAAUGGAAAGGAGUUGGCAGAGAUGGUUCGAAGGAGUUUGGAAGCCAAGUCAUUGUUUGAAUCACAGAUCGCAGCAUUGAAGAAGGAGAACCUGAUGAUGAUGGAACAGAUUAAUAAGAUACAGAUAGAGUCCAAGGCAGAGAAUGAUGCAAGUGAUCUGUUGGAGAAGAAGUUUGGCAACAAGUAUCACGUCAAGCUUGGACAUAUACUGGGCGAAGACCUGAAAGAAUUGGCAAUGGAGGACCUUGAGAAGUUGGAAGAGUUCCAUCACACAGGUCUGAGAGAAGUUGGUUCGGCCAAGCAACAGCUGCUUCAAAAGCAACUGCUGAAGCUGCAAAAGGAGAAGGAGGAGACGGUGUUGUGUCUGGUGUGUGUGGACAGGUCAAUCAACAUCGUGCUGCUGCCAUGCAAGCAUCGAUGCCUGUGUGACACAUGCUCCAAUGUACUCAAGUUGUAG